GUAACUUGUUUACUUGAUUUACCAGAUAAAGUUUUUCUUUUUAUAUUUCGUUACCUUCUAUCAGCUUAUGUUCGUUAUUCAUUUUAUACACCUUCGAGACCUGAAUUACGUUUUCAUAGUCUUAUUUCUAAUUAUUAUACAAGAAUAAACCUUGAUCCAAUAAAUAAUAAUGAAUAUAUUUAUUUAGCAAGUUUAUUUUGUAAUUUAUCAAAUCCUCUUCAAUCUGAAUCAUUAAUAUUAAGUAAUGCGCAUGUUACUUGUUUAACAAAACAUUAUUUUACUAAUAUACCUAUGAAUUUAAUUCAAUCAGUAUUUACUAAUUUAAAAUCUCUAACUUUAAUCAAUUGUUCUGAAGAAGAUUUUCUAUUUAUUUAUACAUAUAAUACAAAUAUGAAACAACUUGAAUAUCUUCAUGUAACUGUUCGUAAACAUGCUGAAAAUCAAAGUAUAGAUUUGACAGAUAUUUGGCUUAGGGUGUGA